AUGGCUGAUAAUGUUAAUUUGAGUCGAUUUUCUGACCCAGGCCUGCAGGCCCAGGUGAGCGCUCUCUUGCAGGAGGUGUCGGGGUACCAGAGCCGCCCGUGGCGGGUGCUGCUGUGCCACGUGGGCUCCGUGCUCACCGCGGGGCUGCUCCUGCUCCUGUUCCACUGGAAGCCCAGCCUGGAAGUGCAGGCCAAGUGCAAACCCUGUGCCCUGGGCCAGGCAGACUGGGUCAUCAUCAGGGACCGCUUCGGGCAGUGCUUCACCACGCGGGUGCUGCUGGAGCCGCUGGGCGAGGCCAGCCUGGAGCAGCACCCCGGGGCGCGGCCGGAGGACCGGAGGAGCAGCAUCGCCAUCGGAGUGUCGGAGGAGGAGGAGAGCCGGGACACCAUCCGGCUCCACCAGAAGGAGGAGAAGAACAUCCUGAGGUAUUACCUGUUCCAGGGAAUGCGCUACGUGUGGCUGGAGCGGCGGCAGCUCUUCUGCAAAGUCAGCGUCUUGGAUGAGGGUUGGACCUGCGCAGAUCUCCACCUGUCCCAGUCUGGGCUGGACCAGCAAGACCACACUACCAGGAGGAAGAUCUACGGCCCGAACCUCAUCGAGGUGCCCGUCAAGUCCUACGCGAGGCUGCUGGUGGAGGAGGUGCUCAAUCCCUUCUACAUCUUCCAAGUGUUCAGCAUCAUGCUGUGGGUGUGUGAUGCCUAUUACUACUACGCCGCCUGCAUCUUCCUCAUCUCCACCAUCUCCUUGGGCUUGUCCCUCUACGAGACCAGGAAGCAAAGCAGCACGUUGCAGGCCAUGGCCAGGAUGUCGGUGGGUGUCCGAGUGCACCGGCCCAGCGGAGAGGAGGCGGUGGUGAGCUCGGUGGAGCUGGUGCCAGGGGACUGCAUCAGCAUUCCCAGGGACGGGAUGCUGGUGCCCUGCGACGCCGCGCUGCUGACGGGCGAGUGCAUGGUCAAUGAGAGCAUGCUGACGGGGGAGAGCGUGCCGGUGAUGAAGACGCCUCUCCCGGCGGCGGCGCAGGCGGCCGGGGCCGCGUAUUCCCCGGAGGAGCACCGGAGGCACACCCUGUUCUGCGGGACACACGUCAUCCAGGCCAAGUCCUACGUGGGGGGGGAAGUGCUGGCCGUGGUGACCCGCACAGGGUUCUGCACGGCCAAGGGGGAUCUCAUCAGCUCCAUCCUCUACCCCAAACCCGUCAGCUUCAAGUUCUACAAGGAUGCCGUGAAGUUCGUGCUGUUCCUCUCUGUCCUGGCUUUCGUCGGCACCUUGUACAGCAUCCUCAUCUUGGUCAGGAACCAGGUGCCCGUGGGGCAGAUCAUCAUCCGCGCCCUGGACCUGGUGACCGUCAUCGUGCCGCCGGCGCUCCCGGCUGCCAUGACCGUGGGCACCAUCUACGCCCAGAACAGGCUGAAGAGGCAGGGAAUCUUCUGCAUCAGCCCCCCCCGCAUCAACCUGUGCGGGAAGAUCCGCCUGGUUUGCUUCGACAAGACGGGAACGCUGACGGAGGAAGGGCUGGACGUGUGGGGGGUGGUGCCCCUGGAGAACAACCAGUUCCUGCCCAUCGUGCACGAGCCGCGGUGCCUCCCGGCCGGGCCCCUGCUCUACACCCUGGCCACCUGCCACAGCCUGGCCCUGCUGCGGGCACAGCUCGUCGGGGACCCCGUGGACCUCAAAAUGCUGGAAUCCACCGGCUGGCGCCUGGAGACGAUGGAGGAGGAGGAGGAGGGUGAGCUCCCUGCCUUCCAGCAGUUUGGGAUGAAGGUCUUGGCUGUGGUGAAACCUCCCCCUGAGGAAGAGCAGCCCUGGGACAGGAAGCACCAGUCUCCCCUGGGGAUCCUCCGGCGUUUCCCUUUCUCCUCCUCCUUCCAGCGGAUGAGUGUCCUGGUGAAACUCCCCGGAGAAGCCCCGGCCCACGUCUACGUCAAGGGCGCCCCGGAGAUGGUGGCCAGUCUGUGCAGGAAGGACACUGUGCCCCUGGAUUUCUCCCAGAUGCUCCGACACUACACCACGGAUGGUUUCCGGGUCUUGGGUCUGGCUUGCAAAACCCUGGGCACUGUGGGCACCUUCGAGGAGGCCCUGCAGCUCCCCAGGGACUCCGUGGAGAGCAGCCUGAGCUUCCUGGGGUUCCUGGUCAUGAAGAACGUCCUCAAGCCGGAGUCAGCGCCCGUGAUCCACCUCCUGAGGAACGCCAACAUCCGCCCCGUCAUGGUGACAGGGGACAACAUGCUGACAGCCAUGAACGUGGCCCGCAGCUGCCACAUGGUGGAGCCCAAGGAGCGGGUGAUCUUCGUCAGCGCCUCCCCGCCCGGCCACGACAAACCCGCCGCGCUGCGCUUCCUGCCGGCAGAGCAUUCCCAGGGCGAGGAGCCCCCCGAGGGCCUGGAGCAGCAGGAUGGCUCCUCCCCCCCUCCCCAGCCCUGCCACUUUGCCCUCAAUGGAAAAUCCUUCCAGGUGGUUUGUGAGCACUUUGCUGACCUGCUGCCCAAGAUCCUGGUCCGAGCCACGGUGUUCGCCCGCAUGUUGCCCGAGCAGAAGACCCAGCUGGUGUGCAGCCUGCAGGAGCUCAACUACUGCGUGGGGAUGUGUGGGGACGGGGCCAACGACUGCGGGGCGCUGCGGGCGGCCGACGUGGGCAUCUCGCUGUCCGAGGCAGAGGCGUCGGUGGCUUCGCCCUUCACCUCCCGCCUGGCCAACAUCGAGUGUGUGCCCAGGCUCGUCCGGUACGUCCCCCUCAACAGCACGGUGACAGCCCCCCAGAACCUGCCCAACUACGAGAACACCGUCCUGUUCUGCGUCACGGGCUUCCAGUACCUCAUCCUGGCCGUGGCCAUGUCCAAGGGAUAUCCCUUCCGGGAGCCUCUCUACACCAACGUGCUCUUCCUGCUCGUCCUCAUCCUGCUGUUUGGCCUCAUGAUCUGGUUGACCCUCUACCCGCUGGGCUUCCCCAAAACCCUCCUGAAGCUCCAGGGCAUUGAGGACUUGAACUUCAAGCUGCUGCUGCUGGGAAUCGCCGCCCUCAACUUCUUCGCCGCCUUUGUGCUGGAGACCGCCCUGGAUCACGGCCUGCUCAGCUGCUUCCGCCGCUUCCGCCGCAGAAAAACCUCCAAGAAGCUCUUCAAGAGGCUGGAGAAGGAGCUGAGCCAGCAGCAGCCGGGCUGGCCCCCCCUCCACGAGCCCCUCUUUGCCACCCCCAGGAUGUCCAUGGCCCUGAGAUAGCGGGCACGGGGCCCCCCCCGCCGCCAGCCCUUGGACAGCAGCCUGGAUUUAUCCCGGGAAAAGGAGGGAUGUGGUGGGCGGGAGCCCACGGGACACCCUCGACACUGGAUCCACGGGCGUGGUGAUCCCACGAGGAGCAGGUGGUGGAGGAGAAAGUGGGGGGAGAAGAUCCAGAGGAAGAGGAGGAACAAGAGUGGUUCUUCCUCCGGGGGUUGUCCCGCUCCUGCGCUGGGCGCCGGUGCCGUUCCACGGCCGAAUUCCACCUCCCUUCUCCUCUCCAAACCGAGCUCAGUGACCUCUUUCCAGCUGGAAUUUCCUAGAAAAUAAUAAUUAUGGCUGGAAAACCCCAGGUGGCCUGGCCAAGGCUCCGAAACCUCACUCCGAGGAAACUCCGGCAGACGGAGAUGCCGCGUCCCAAAAAUGGAUGAGGGUCCCUGAUCUUCUCCCAGCGAGGUCACCCCCGGCCUUCGUGUCCAUGUCACUGUGACUCCCCUCCAUGGCCCUCCCUAGAUGUGUAGGAAGUUUACAGUCCCCCUUCCCAGCUUGCCAAGGAUGCUGCUCCAUCCCACCGGCCCCUUUCCCGCCUGGAAUGCUCCCACAGGGCACUUCUGCUUCCAGCUGGGACCUUUGUAGCAUUAAAAACACAGCCCAGAUCUCUUUAUUUUUUAACUGCACUCCGAUGGCUCGAGGUGUCAAAGCCGUGGGGAGGGUGAAGGUGCCAAUCCCGGGGUCUGGACGGUGCCAAUUCCAGGUUCUGGACGGCGCCGAUCCCGGACGGUGCCAUGGGGGGUGUUGUCUAAUAAAUUAACACUAUUUUCUUGA